GAAGACGCGUGAACUUGAACGCAGCCUUGUCAGUCCAGUCCACGCAGGGGAGGAGACAUCCACACACAGCACACACAGGCCAGUCCGUCUUAUCACCACCGGCCCACUUAUCACACCGCGUGCACCUGGACCGAAUCGGCUUCUUUUUUUCCCCCACUUCUCUUUUCUUUGUGUGUGUGUCUGGUAAUUGGAGGGUUUUUUUUUUAGGGGGUGGGGGGCAAGCGGCGAGGCAUCGACGCGAUGUCCAGACGCAAACUUGGCAGCAGACCGCAGCACCUGAGUGCAAUUCACGAAUCUUCUGAUGCAGCGGACGGAAGUGCCGCCCCGCCAGAGGACCACCGCAUGGCCGCGCACAUCCUGACACCUGACGGGGGCGGUGACCUCUUGACCUGCGGCCAGUGUAGCCGGGCCUUCCCUCUGGCGCACAUCCUGGUCUUCAUCCAGCACAAACAGGGCGGCUGCCUCCCACGAAACCAAGCGACUGACGCCCGCGUCGCACCCCCCUCACCCACCCGCCGCGGCGUCACUAUCACCGCCCCCUCUGCUGGAAUCCCAAUGGCCGCCUUUGCUGCGCCGGGCUUCAUUGAGCUGAGGAGGGAAGAGGCGGCGGCUCGGGAGCGAACCUGGGGGGCGGAGCUUGGGGUGAAGGUGAAGGUGGAGCCCGGCAAAGCAGGGUGCAAGGAGCCCGCCUACUUCACCUGUCAGCAGUGUGAGAGUGUGUUACACUCUGCCUGGGCCUUGUUGCAACACGCCCAACACGCCCACUCCCUCAGCAUCUACCAGGAGGAUGACGAGGACGUCCGAGCCAGAGGAAAUCUGAAAGAGAACAAACCCGUCGCUGCCACGGUGGACCCUCGCCACCUGAGCCAAGUGCUCGCCUCCGCCUUCCAACCUACCCUGCGUCAGGCUCAGGCCCGCCAGACUCCCACCAACCUGCCCCCCAACAGCCUGCAGGCUCUGAACUUCUCCGAGCUGCUGCGGGGUCUUGCCGAGGGCACUAACAAUAUUAACAACAGCAAUCUUGCCGUCAGCUCGCCGGGAGGCCUGGCGCCGUCCCCGUCCUCCUCCCCGCCAGCGGCGUCCCCCUUUCCUCAAACGGGAGUCCUCCAGGCUGACUUCAAGUGCGAGCUGUGCGACCAUAACUUUCAGUCCCUGCGCGCCCUUUCCGCUCACCGCCGGACUCACGCGUGCGAGAGGCCUUACCACUGCGGGGUGUGCGGCCAGGCCUUUGCCCAGAGCGGGCAGCUGGCCCGCCACAUCAGGAGCCACCACCGGGAGGCAGUAGGGAGCGGGUAUGAAUCAGCAGAUGUGAUGGUGAUGGAGUCCACUAGAGGGAGGUUUCAAAUACAGCCGGCGAAGGCCAUGACGGACAUGAGAGCGCAGGGCCCUUCUGAGUUGGACCUGGCGGUACCCAAACAUCCCGCGAUCGCCUCAAGCCUGAUGCUUCUCCCCUCGCAGGUCAGGCCCUCAGACAAAGAGCUGCUGAGCCUCUACCGGAGCCAGAGGGAUACCGGCGAGGAGGAGGCCGAGCCGCAGCGGGAGCCCCGGCACGCUUCCCCUUGCGCCAGCCCCUCCGAGGGCUCCCUGGAAAGCGGCGAGACGGGUGGCAGCGGCGAGAGUGGCAUCGCCAGCGGCAACUGCACGCCCAAGCAGCCCGAGAUGAGCGAGCGGCCCGAGAUAAUUGACUUCAGCUCGGCCAUAGUCAGCGAAGCUGUGCAGGAGUGGCAACGGGAGAACGAGCGGAGGAGCACCGGCGGAGGGACCGCCGGCGCCACGUCCGGCUCGUCCACCAAGAAGAAGAAGGACGAGGCGUGCGAGUACUGCGGCAAGCAGUUCCGCAACAGCAGCAACCUCACGGUGCACCGCCGCAGCCACACGGGCGAGCGGCCGUACCGCUGCGGCCUGUGCAGCUACGCCUGCGCGCAGAGCUCCAAGCUAACGCGGCACAUGAAGACACACGGGGCCCAGGGAGCCAAGGCGCCGUUCCUGUGCCAGCUUUGCGCCGUGCCUUUCACGGUUUACGCCACCCUGGAGAAGCACCUGAAAAAGGUGCAUGGCCUCAGCCACGCCAGCAUGGGCGCCUACGCCCAGGCCAGCGCCGCAGACAAUCUGGCCACAAUGAAGGCCGAAGAGGCGGCGGCGGUGGUUGUGAAGAUGGAGGAAGAGGAAGCCAAUCUGGAUCAGAUAGCCAGCACGGAGAAGGAAGAACUUAGCCAUGAGGGUAGCCCGGCGGGAAGUCCGGCUACGGCGGAGGCGGCCGUGGCUUUGACUCCUGCUCCCUGAGAGCCCCCCCUCCCCCUUUAAUAAAACUCUACCAUGUACUGGACUGAACUGGCCUCACAAUAAAAAUCAAUCGACAAGAAACUGGAGUAGCAAGGUGGCGGAAAAGCGGUCGUAUGCCAGAAAU